UUCUAUUACUGUUCAAUUUGGCACUACUCAAUCAAUAUAAAAGUUUACUUUCAGGUGAGAAGAGUGCACGAGCUUGAUGUGCCAGGGGAUAUAACCAGGAUUUUUUGGGGGACCCGUUGUCUGCAGUUAUUUAGAGAUUGUCUAUUAUAAUAAGGCCUUGACUAUUGUUUGUUUUUGUUUGUUAGACGAACGGAUGACUGCUGCAGCAACACCAGCUGUUUUACCAGGAGAGAGCCAGCACGCUCUCAGGCUGACUUUGUUGCAGCAUCGUAGUCCACACACGUUGGCCCACAGCAGUACUGACAUAGCAUCAGGGUGUGGAAAGAACAGUCUACUUCCAACCGUUGCUGCAGGUGCUAAUUAAACCUGAUCUCCAUCUUCAAUGAGUUCAUCUUCAAGAGCGCAAAAUAAUGCAGGAGGUAAAGCUGGAUUUGACAAAAGAGAGAAGAGAAGAAACAUCAGACGGCUUCAAAGUGCCAUAACGGAUAAAGAUAUCCAAACUGUGACAGAAAUUCUCUGUGCAGACUUUGAUGUUGAUUUCCAGUACAACAGUCAGACAUCACUACAGCUGGCAGUUUGUUGUGGCGCGCUCGAGAUAUGUGUCAUGUUGAUUCAGAAGGGAGCGAAUGUGAACCAAGCAGAUGCCAAUGGCAACUCCCUGCUCAACAUGGCAUGCUGGCGAGGCUUUGCCGAAGUGGCACAAUUGUUAGUUGACAGUGGAGCCGAGUUGGAUACACAGAACGAAUUGGGCAACACCUCUCUGAAUGUCUGUGCACUGAAAGGUUUUGAGAAAAUUGCCAAAAUUCUCCUAAAGGCUGGCUGUGAUGCUAAUUUGGCGAACAAGAAAGGCUUGAACCCGCUACACACAGUUUGUCAGGCAGGAUGUUUGCCUGUGGUGGAAAGUCUUUUGUCAUCUGGGGCAGACUUAGACUGGAUAGACUUCAGUCACCGGACACCAUUGAUGAUGGCCGCUGAGGCGGGUCAUGUGUCAGUGGUCACAGCUUUACUGCAAGCCGGCUGCAAAGUGGAUUGCCAGAGUCGGCAAGGUCACACGGCUGCGCUAGAGGCGGCUGCAACAGGAAAUGUGGAUGUUCUCACGGAACUGGUCCGCUUCAGAGCCAACCUCGACCUGGGUACCACCAAAGGACUCACUCCGCUGCUGGCGGCUAUCUCACAGGAGCACUCAGACAUUGCAGAACUGUUGGUGCGCUCCGGAUGUGAUGUCAACCUGGCUGAUCGGAGACAGGAUGCUCCGCUGCAUGUGCUCAUCCGACAAAUCUCCAGUAUGUUCAUGUCCACUGAUGGUGCACAGCGGCACAAACUGGUCUAUGCACUUGUGGACGCGGGUGCUGAUGUGAACAAAAGUGAUGCGGAGGGAUGCACCCCGCUCUACCAGGCUCUCCUUGGUGGAGAUGUCGAGCUGUGCCAGUACCUACUGCGCCGAGGUGCCUCAGUGACGGCCCUGACUUCUGCGGGAAGUUCCAUACUCCAUGCUGCCGUGUACAGCGGACGGCUCGAUGUGCUCAAGCUGUGUCUGGAUGCAGGCUGCGCAGUCAACGUGGUCAACAAGUCUGGCCAACAUGCCCUGCUUGCUGCUGUCUCUUCACGCUGUGAUAUUCAAAUUCUGCGCCAACUCCUAAGCGCGGGCAGCGAGGUGAAUGUGGCUCAGAGCCAUGAUCUGCACACUGCGCUCCACCAGGCCGUUUGCCAACACUACGAGGCCGCUGCCAAACUCUUUAUAGACCACGGAAGUGACUUGGCCGCGAUGACCAAGGAAAAGAAAACACCUCUCUACCUGGCAUGCGCUCGCGGCCUUACGGACACUGUGACAUAUAUGCUGAGUAAAGAUGGCUGCCCCCUCUCCAGUGAGUUCCCAUCAGCCUUGCCUAUACACGCAGCGUCCACUCAUGGCAGGUCUGGCUGCAUACAAGUCCUGGCCCAGUAUGGCUGUGAUCUCAACCAGAUGAAUGAGAAGGGAGAGACUCCCAUCAUGGCUGCUUUGGCAGAAGACAGUUUCACCUCUGCUAGAGCCCUCUUGCAGUGGGGAUGCGACCUGGAUUAUCAGCAUAAGGUGCGUGGUCUACAGCUGUGCUGCCUGCACCAGGAAGAUGCCCACCCACACCUGGGGCUAGAGCCACUCUUCCUGGCCAUGACGCACAAGAACUUGGACAUGCUGAAGAUGUUGCUGGCUUGUUAUAGGUCGGUCCCGCGCCGUACGAUCCACCUCCUGGCCAUGCUUCUGAGGAAGACCCAGGCUCUGACGGUGCACUACUCGGAGAAGCAGAAGGCAGACAUCCUGCGUGUGUUCAGUCACAGCCUGCGCACGCCCUUCUCUCUCAGCGACGCGUGCCGGCGCUGCAUCCGGGCUUGUCUCAGCUCGCCGCUGGAGGCCAGGGCGGAUGCUCUGCCCAUCGCGAGGAAGAUGAAGAGCUAUCUUCUCAUGACAGAGGAGUUUGAAGCGUGGCGUGAGAUGGAGCAGGAGAUGCCAGGUGGGAGUUCAGGUUUCUCCGAUGUCUACGUGAAGAAAGAGAGAUGGUGAGGUCUUCCUCCUUCACAAAGUGUUUGUACCAGACUGAAAAUUGCUAGAAAAGUGGCACAGGCUAAAGAGGCUCCAAGCAUUGGCUACAGUGGUAGAGAAUGAAGGCAAGUGUGAGAAGUAUCUUUUGUCUGACAUUUCUGUCGCUGUUCAGUGAGCUCGUGGUUGUUUGUUUUUCUAAAGGUUGUACCGUACCUUAGUGUGCAUGAAUGUGUGUCUUGUAAUUAGAUUGAGUGAGUGUUUAUCAUAGUUUAUGUUUUGGACUGCUGUGUGUUGUUGUUUAAAGACUUGUAUUAUUAUAUGGGCGCUUUUAAGCACAAGGGGGCUAUCCUGAAAAAU